ACUGCUCUUUUCCCAUAUGCGGAAUUUUUUGCAGCGGCGCAACCUCCGCUGCUCACGGUACCACCGCAUUAUUGGUCUCGAUUGCUGCAAAUCGCAUCCACCCAGCAGCAACCUCCGCCACCACCACCGCAGCAACAACACUCGGAAUCUGGCCCAGCUGAUACGAAUGCCGCAUUGCCAAGGAAGAACGAGUACCGCGCCAACAGAUCAGACAGCGAAAGCUCUCCUGGAAGCAGUUUCAGUGAGCACCCUUUGGAUCCAUCACCGGUCGAUCAGAAAUCCAGUCCAAGCGGCUCAAAUGAUGGCUUAUUUGGUGAGCUGGAACUUUGCCCCUUGGAUCUGUCCAUGAAAGCGUCUACAACAGGAACAUCAACAUCUCCAAAAGAUGAAGAGAUUGUGGUUGCGGAUCAGUCUGCUGAUGUAAAGGAGGAAAGAAAUCCUGAAACUGAGAAUGACGAGGUGAUUUCAAACUCAGAGUGCCAGAAAAAAUGCCCCGGAGCGGAUCAGGAGAAUGUAAUUGCAUCGAGUGGUACUCCGAGCGAAGAAUUACCCCUGCGUUCUUCUAAUUUCGAGAAGCUCGACCUAACUCCGACCGUAAAUCCUUUUUCUCCCACUGCUUUCAUGCAGAUGUUUCGCCGUCCCUUCACUUACCCGAUCAUUCCUCCCGCAACAGCCAGCCACCUGAAUCCCUAUGCACAUUCAUCUCCAGCUCCAAACUCACCCACUCCGCUACUUUCCAAGACUUCGCGUGAUCGUUACACAUGCAAAUUUUGCGCAAAAGUUUUUCCACGAAGCGCGAAUCUAACACGGCACCUUCGAACGCACACCGGCGAGCAACCAUAUAAGGUACUUUUUAAUUGCUGUUAA